CUGCCAACACUGAGAACUCCUCCAUGAGUGGAUAUCUGCAAAGAUCCAAAGGCCAAAAGAAACCAUGGAAGAGGCUGUGGUUCGUCAUUAAGAACAAAGUCCUCUACACUUACGCCGCUAGUGAAGAUGUUGCAGCUUUGGAGAGUCAGCCGCUGCUGGGCUUUUUCCUCCGAGAGGAGAAGACGGGACCGGCUCAAAAACUGCAGUUUAAACUGUACCAUAAAAACACAUUCUACUACAUCUUCAGAGCAGAGGACAUUCCCACUGCUCAGAGAUGGAUUGAGGCGUUUCAAGAGGCCAUGAUCCUUUGACUGGAUUAAACCGAAUGAAUAAAUGUCAUUCAUCUGGGUCUCUGCACUGUGUACACAGGCAGUGAGUUCGAGGAUGCAUAAACAUCAAAACCCAGUUUGAAGCAAAGGAUGCUGGUAGAUGUAGUUUAUGCAUUUAUCUAUCUUAAGCACCCUAAAUGAGGGUUCAAUGAGUGGCUGUUUAAUCAGUCUGCCUCCAUUGUACUUCAGAAAUGUAAGGUAUUAAUCCAAUGUCAUUUUUAGGAAACGCUGCCUCUCUGGUCCAGUUGCUUUUAGUGCUUUCAAGGUCAAAAAAGUCAGACAAUGACUGGUCAUGAGCACUAGAUACAGACGUUUUCAUUGACUCCUGACCAUUAGGCUUGCCUAUGAAUCAUAUUUCAAUCUGAAUUAAUCCGAAUGAAUCCUGCCCACUUUUCUCAACACUCCAUUAUGAUGGCAUAGGGACAGUCUGAAUCUAAUCGCAGUAUCACUUGUUGCCUGAAGAAGAUUUAAAAAGAUUUGGUCAGGGGUGUGAUUCAUAGUCAGGUCUGAAUGUGCAUGAGCAAGUAUGACAAAGGGAUGUCUGAUGCCAGGUCGCACCUUUGGAACGGUCAUGUGGCGCAGUCUGGCAUGGUGCAUUAUGGGAGAUUUUGGAUUCAACUGUGAAAGCUGGGCCUUAAUCGUGACGCACAGAGUGACUUUAUGUAUAAAUUGUACAAUGCAUAAAACCAUUGUUUUGGACAUUGAUGGUGAAAGUUGCUGUAUGGUUUUAUGAAUGAUUGAUGCAUUGAAUGUGACCAUUAACGCAAAAAGUUUGGGUUUUUUUUAAAGAAAAUUUUAGUGAUUGCGACAGUUUACCUAGACCUAUGGUUUUACGAACAGUCCAUGCGUUACCUGCAUGAUUUACGCAAAAACAAUUUGAAGAAUAAUUCACAUAUUGAAUGUAAAAAAAAAAGCAUACUUUUUUUAUUAUGAAAG